AUGACUCAGACUCCAGAGUCAGUUACUGUGUCACCAGGAGAAACUGCCACCAUGACAUGUACAUCUAGUGCUGAUAUAGGCAGCAAUCUAGCCUGGUACCAACAGAAACCAGGACAACCUCCAAACCUUCUUAUCUAUAGGGCAAGCAGCAGACAGCCUGGGAUCCCAGCCCGGUUCAGUGGCAGUGGGUCUGGAACCAGUUUCACUUUAACAAUCCGUGGAAUGUUAGCAGAAGAUGCAGCAGAUUAUUACUGUCAGCAGGGUCAGAGCUUCCCUCGCACAGUGAUACAGAGUUGUACAAAAACCUUCAUCUUUUAUCUCUACUAA